CACCGCGCGCAGCCGCCGGAGGAGGCGAGCGUUGCCCGCGUGCAGCCGCGGCGUGGUGGGGAAGGACUUUCUUUCCCAUGAUUCUCCGCGCGCGCAGCCAUGGCGGACGGGAGACUACAUCUCCCGUGGUGCCCCGCGCGAUGGGCAGCAUGGAGCCCGGUGUGGCUGCGCUGGAGAGGCGGGUCCGCGGUUGCCUGUGCGACUUCGGCUUCGAGCUUUCUCCCUUCCAGGUUGGGUGGUACAAUGCUGUUCUUCAGCCGUCCUUUCACCUCCAGUACUCCGAGGGCGCACUGGCAUUCGUUGUCCUCAGCACCCCCUUGAUGUUUGACAAAGCCUUUAAACCCUUUGUGAACAAACAGCUGCUGAAAAAAAUCAAUGACCCAGUGGAUCAAUGCGUUUCUUAUCAUCUGUCACUUGUGAAGGAGAGUCUUCCUGACCAGAGGGUGGACAUCAUCUAUGAUUAUGAGAUCCUGCCAAACCGGAAGCCCAAGUUUCUGGCCCAGACAGCUGCCCAUGUGGCUGGAGCAGCAUAUUACUACCAGAGGAAGGAUGUGAGGUGUGAUCCCUGGGGAGAAAAGAAGAUCUAUGGUGUUUGUAUCCAUCCCCGGUAUGGAGGCUGGUUUGCUAUCCGAGGUCUCCUCAUAUUCCCAGAUGUUCAGGUGCCAUUCCUGGAGCAGGUUGCUCCUGUGGAUUGUGUGACCUCGGAGGAGAAGCGGAUAGAGCUGCUGGAGAAAUUCAAUUUCCACUGGCGGGACUGGAGCUAUAGGGACAUCAUUGAAGUGAAGGAACGGUACUCGGAGGAGCAGAAAGCCUACUUUGGAGCUCCUCCAGCAGAGAGAUUCAAACUGCUAGAGCUGCAAGGAGUUCUCCAGAGAAGUACGUUUUACUGAGUAACACGGUUCCGAGUGUGGGGCAGGGAAUGAACAGAGUGCAGCUCACAGAGGCCCUCAUCCUCCAUAGCAGUUAUGAAGAAGUGCGUGACGGUUCAGAGUUGGAAGAUCCCAUGUGAAUCAGUACUGGGUUUACAAUGGCACCAUGGUGCUGGGCCCCCGCUCAAAAGGGGCCCCGGCCUGGCACAGCCCGCUCCACGGGCACUGCGCCCGGAGUAUCUGGCUCCUCUCUACAUCUCCCCUCCCCCCAGCUUCUCCUCUUACCGCUCGCUCCUCUCAGCCAGCUGAGGGUUCCCCUCUGCCCCCGUCGCCAGCAGGCUGCCACCAGCAGAGCCAGGGGCAGAGAGGAGCCCUCAGCUGCUGCCGCUCUGGCUGGACCAGUGACCAACCGCUUCAGGCUCCGCGAGGCUGGGGCCCGCCUCUCCCUGCCACUCUGUGGUAGCGACAGGCGUGGGAAGUUGGAGGCUGCUUCUCCCCCCCGCCCAUGCAAGGAAACGCCUCCUCCACCACAAGCACCAUCAGUGCCAGGCUGGUAGGGUUGGGUGGGACCCCGGGGGACAGGGCCACUCUGUGCUCCUGAGCUUCAGUGGUCUUGCCCCCUUGCAUUGUGCUGGGAGGGGAGGAUCCCUGCUCUGCGCUGGCUCAACAGGGUCUUGGGGGCAGGGUGUG